GGAAAAACUUAAAACUUUGUCCAGUCUGCGCUAACUGAGUAAAAAAGUAGCAGCACAACAAACAAUCAUCCAUUUUCUCUCCAUAGUCUUAUCAAUGCUUUCAAUCGCUAAACGAGUUGUUCAAAGAUUCCAACCUUGCCUCCAACUUCGUUCCGCUCAUGCCGCCGCCAGCUCGCCACCGCCGCGGCGACGGCGUUCCAAGUUAUCUCCGUCAUCAAUGUUGAAGAAAACCGAUGAUAAGUCGGAGUGGUGGGUAGUUGAUGGAGAAAUGCACGAAAUUGGGGAAAACGUACCGCUUAGAGAGAGAUUUGUAAUACCCAGACAGAAUAUUCCUAAUAAGCGUCGUAAGCAGAUGCGUGACCAGUUUAUGCGUCGUACUCGCCUGGUUCUUAAAGAAUCUGAGCAUGAACCAUGGUGCAAAAGAUAUAUGGAAUUGUAUAACGAGAUGAGAGAGAACUGGGAGAGGCUAUAUUGGGAUGAGGGUUAUUCUAAAAAGCUUGCUCAAGAUCAUGCAAACUAUGACUCUGCUGAAAAUGAUGAUGAAGAUUUCUCUCCAUACAGGAGAAGUAAACCUUAUGCUGACCAAAUGAAGGAACAGGGAGGUACAGGGAGAAAUAGGCAAGGUGAUAAUUGGGAGAAGGUUAGCCUAAUCCGUGAUAAAUUUGAGUAUGACAGAGAGAGAAGAAUGAGAGAAAAAGGUACUGAUAUACAGGACGACACAUCUACUCAGUAGGACAACAUUCGUAUCAGCUUAUUGGUGAGCCCCAUCUCAUUCGGGGUUUAGACAUUGUAUUUCUUUAUUUAGUUUUGCAUCUAAAGGUAUGCUGGGGGCCUUGUCCCAGUAAGUAUGUUUUCCAGUUAGACUCAUGAUAGAGGUUUCAUAGACUAGACAAGUCAGUUAUGUUAUGUCAGACAUUCAGAGUCGUCUAGCCAUUUUUGGCUCAUUCAUGUUAUUUCCGCACUCAUGUUUAAACAAGUAUUUUUAUUAAGUAUUAUGACUCAUCACGUUUUAUAAA